AUGGUCUCAAGCGCGAUUGUACUUAUCACUCACGUGUCCUGCUUAUUCGCGCUUAUCCGUGCUCGAUUCACGCAACUUUGUUCUGCGUCGCAGGUGGUGGUCUUCAGCGAAGGGACUCUGUAUCUCGACGAGUGCAACUUCAGCGGCAGCACUGCCUCGGUGCUGGUGUACUCGGAAGGGGAUUUGAACACCGUCGUGCGGAAUGCCGUCCUGGGGGACAACAACUCGGAUGAGAGCUUGACCGUCGGCACGCUGGCGAACGUGAACGAACGCCAUUUGAGACAACAACCGAUGAAACGGUUGAUGAAGCCGUUGUUCUUGAAAUCGUUGUUCACGGAAUCGUCAGAUUUCGACGUGGCGAAGGCGGCUUCGACAGCCAACGAGAUCCCUACAGCCCACUCGCUGAUGAACGUGAACGUCACUUGCGACGGAUGGAUGCGGUUCUCGUCGACCCCUCCCUGCAGCGAGGGGUCCCCGUGUAUCGACGGCGACCUCGGGGUGUACUGUCAGUGCUACACGCGGGAGUCUUCCAUAGCAGAGGGUUCCCCCUCCGAGACAUGCGUCACGGGAGACCCGGGCCUGCUAGACCUCACAGUGCUGUCGACACCCGCCGACGCCGUCUUCCCUACCAUGCUCGCCGGAGAACUCCUCCUUACCCUUAAUGGCGAUGAAACCGCCACCACUACCAGCAGUGCAGGGGGCUCCGGGGUAGCCGUGUCGGGGGGGCGGGAACGGAAGGCGGCAGAGCUGCCCUACGUUCCCUACCGCCCGCACGACAGCACCACACUCCACGUGGUCACCCUCCCCCGCGAAGAUUUCAACGGAGAGGCCACUGUGAGCUUCCAGGCGGACGGCAUGUCUCCUCCUGCUUCUCCUGUCGCCGAGGCCGCCGCUGCUGUUGUCGUCUAG